AUCACUCACCCUCUGCAAAUUUAAGCUCAAUCCUGGCCAUGAUAUAAGAAGCUGCUUCAAUUCUCACUUUCUUAUUCUCAUCCUUUAAAACCGUCUCUCUCUCUCUCUCUCUCUCUCUCUCUCUCUCUCUCUCUCUCUCUCUCUCUCAUUCAUCACUUUUAAAUGCCAACAUUCAAUCAAUGAGGCUCUGAUCGCACUUCUUAAUUAAACGCUUGUGCUUUGCUUCACCUUUUUCAAUUUAAUAGGAGUACCAAAUAGCCUGAUUCCUGCGAUGGAUGAUCGAUUGAUCAAACCAAUUAGGGCGCCGCUGCUGCUGAAGGACCAUCUGCUCCAAGACAUGAGCUCAUGCUCAUCCAACGGCUUCAAAUCAUUCCCUCGCCGCCAAUGCUGCACCACCGUCAGAUUCCGGCCCCGCCAGAAACCUCGAUCGAGCUUUGUCAAACCGCCGGCGAAUCCAGCUCUCUCGGCUCUCCAGAGCGUGAUCAGCGCAGUGAAACGCCUCCACUUCGGCGCCGCGGAGAAGAUGAAGAAGAACGAUCUCAGCAGCUCGUUUUUUCUGUUCUGGAGGAGGAAGCCGGAGAGGAAGGAGAUCGCACGGUGGAAAUCGUUUGAGCAGCUGAUGAAGGAGGACGAAUGGCGGCCGGCGGCGGAUCGUAAAAGUUUCACUGCGUCGGAAGGCGGUAAUUCCUCUUCAGAUUUACCGCCACAGCUCAAAAACGACGUCGUUAUGACGCCUGAGAUAACAAACGAAGCCGAUUCAACUACGUGCAGCGGCGGAAGCGCAGAUAACAACUCUUCUACCCAAACAAAGAAGCAAUGGACAAGUGAUCAAGAGAAGGAGCAGUUCAGUCCUGUGUCUGUGCUGGACUGUCCAUUUGAUGAGGAAGAUGAAGUUUCUUCACCUUUCCAACAUAGGCUUGCUCUUAUGGAAGGAACUAGGAAGAAACUCCUGAAGAAGAUUCAAAGGUUCGAGUGUCUAGCGAAGCUCGAGCCCCUAAACCUAACUAGACGAUUUGAAUCGCAACUAGAAUCAGAUAAUGAAUCAUCCACCUUCCUAGACGAAGAAGAAGAAGUAGGAGAAGAAGAAGAAAGUGAUGAUGAAAAAGAAGACGACGAGGCACUAGAAUUGCUUGAUCAAGUGAAGACCAUCAUGCCAUCUUAUGGCCAAAAAUUCAAGGCAGAUAAGUUGAUUUUAGAUUUCUUCAGAGAAAGGAUAUCCAAUGAUCAAGACUGCACACUUCUUGAAAAGCAACGAGGCGAAUACUUAUCUCAUAAUGCGUUAGUAGAGAUUUCCCGAGGCUGGAUGGACGGGCAUGACCCCCUCGGGUUGUUCAUGGAAUGGGAGGUGGAGAAGAAUAGGAAAGCUUAUGUUGAAGACAUGGAACAUGGUGGAGAAUGGAAGAGAUUGGAUCAAGAAUAUAAGGAGGUGGUUUUGGAGUUGGAAAUUGAGGUGUGUGAUGUCCUAUUGAAUGAGGUGUUGCUAGAGAUCAUGAAAUAGGAAAAGAAACCAAGGUAGAAAUGAAAUAAAUAUAAUUAAGUUAGAUAUGAAAUGAUGUGGUUUCUUGUCAAAUGUUCGUUUGUAGGAGGAAAUAUGAUGAGUUUGAUAGUUUGUGUUUACUAAUUACUGUAUUUUCUCAAUUUUAUUUUUUUUCCUUAGGCCAUGGCUAUAGUGUGACCAGCUUUUCAACCCCUUGUUGAGAAUAAUGUUACUUGCUAGGAGUACUUGUUUAUUUCAA